CACCCUUUGAUCUCUUCUACUGUAAUCUCUUAGCAGUUGGCACACUCAGGGGAAGAACACAAUGGCUUUUGAAAAGGCGCACCUUGAUUUGCUGUUGGUCCCCAGUGCGCUGCUAAUCAUGUUUGCUUACCAUCUCUUCCUCCUUUACAGAUACCUUACUGCUCCUCAUACCACCGUCAUUGGCUUUGAGAACAAUGACAAGAGAGCAUGGGUUGAGAGAAUUAUGCAGGUUGAUAAGAGGGACGUGGGUAUCGCGUUGAAUGUGAUCGCCUCCAACACAUCUGCAGCGACUUUCUUAGCUUCAGUCUCCUUGACUCUCAGCUCUAUAAUUGGAGCCUGGAUCGGGAGCUCAUCAAACAACGUCUUCCAGAGCGAACUGAUAUAUGGGGACACAAGGCCUUCCACCAUUUCCAUCAAGUACAUAAGCCUCCUCACAUGCUUCAUCCUUGCUUUUUCUUGCUUUGUUCAAUCAGCUAGGUGCUUUGUCCACGCAAACUACCUAAUAAGCACACCAGAUAGCGACAUACCUGUGAAAAAUGUGGAGAUGGUUGUUAUUAGGGCAGGCGAAUUUUGGUCGCUUGGCCUUAGAGCAAUUUAUUUCGCUAUCGAUUUGCUGCUGUGGUUUUUUGGCCCAAUCCCAAUGUUUGUCUGCUCUGUGGUCUUGGUGAUUCUCCUAUAUUACCUGGAUUGCAAUUCCAAUCCACUCCAUCGACAUCGGUCUCUGGCAAGCCGGUCAGUCAAGAGGGUAGGUGAGCAAGUGACCGCUGCAGCCAUGACCAUUGAAGACCAUGUUGCGUAAGGCCACAAAGGUUUCAGAAGGCCCAAAAUGAUUUUUUCAACCAAAUUGUUACUGUUGGUACAAAUAUGUAUAUGAGAGGAAUUUUUCCUUUGUAUGAAUGUCUCCUUUUGAUGGUUCAGACUUGUUGGUUAAUAUUUAGAAUCAGUGCCUAAAAAAUCUGGAUUGGGAUAAGAA